GAAGAUAAAAGAAAACAUGAUGGGAAGAAACCGUGGGAGAGGUAGAAAGGAACACGGAGACCACAGGAGAUGCAAGGACAAGGAGAAAAAGUUAGACGUAAGCACAAGGGACAAGAGAAACAAAGAGAAAUCGGGAGAUCAACAGAGAUAUAUUGUUGGAGUUUACCACAGCCCAGGCGGUUAAGGACCAGGAUCCAUCCAAUAUGAGACCCUUCCCCCAGAGUUGUGAGCUGGAGAUGACAGUCCUGUUUGUGACCUCAGGAACUUGGUGUUCCCAGCAAGAAAGGAAGUGACUGGCGUGUCUCCAGUUCUCACAUCUGAGGGCCUGACUGAGGGAAUAGGCUAGGCUAAGCCAGACAGACAUUUCCAUGUUCUGGAACCACCAGACAGGCCAGUUUCUCUUCAGAAUGGAAUCUUCUGGACUUCUGAGCAUCGUGGUGUUAUCCAUUCUCUUGGUGAAUGUCCAGGGACCCGGCCUGAGUGACUGGUUCUUCCCCAGGAAAUGCCCUCAAAUCAGAGGGAAAUGUGAAUUCAGAGAAAGAGAUGUGUGUACAUAUGACAGACAAUGCCCGGACAACAGGAAGUGCUGCUUCUUCAGCUGUGGGAAAAAAUGCAUAGACCUCCGUCAAGAUGUAUGCAACAUGCCGAAAGAAUCGGGCCCCUGUAUGGCUUAUUUCCGUCGUUGGUGGUACAAUAAAGAAAAUAAAACCUGCUCCACCUUCAUCUAUGGUGGCUGCCAGGGAAACAAUAACAACUUCCAAUCCCAAACUGUCUGCCAGAGCAUCUGCCCCCAGAAACAAACGUGUCCCAGAAUCAGAGUAAAAUGCGAAGUUGAAGAAAGAAACCAUUGUACGAAGCACAGACAUUGCCCAGGCAAGAUGAAGUGCUGCCUGUUCAGCUGUGGAAAGAAAUGUUUAGACCUCGGAACAGAUGUAUGCUCUUUGCCAAAGGAAGUUGGCCCCUGCCUGGCCUACCUUCCACGCUGGUGGUAUGAUAAAGAAACUGAGUCCUGUUCCAAAUUCAUCUAUGGAGGCUGCCAAGGGAACAACAACAACUUUCAAUCUGAAGCUAUCUGCAUGGUCACCUGCCAAAAAAGACACUCAAGUUCCUGGUUUCUUGGAUAAGGAGGAGUGAGAACAACCUCCAGGACUGGGCUCAUAACCCAGGGCUCCCUCUGCAUGUGUUGACAGAUGCUCCCACAUUGGUUUCCACUGGCCACAAUUCAGCUGCCAAGUCCUGACUGUUCCAAAAACUGAACCCCAGGGUUUGCUUACUCCCUUUCCUCCAAUUCAGUUUCUCUUCAUAGUGAUCUGCAUGCCUUGAUCCCCUUCUCAGCAUGAGACCCGCUCUCCUCAACUUCAGGGCCCCUAUUUAUUCCUAUGAAGUCUCCAGUUCGCCUUGAUAAAUUGCUCUGUGAGGUCUCAGAAGCCAGGCUGAAUUCCUCGCUUCUGCAGUAUGCAGAGAGUCACAUAGUUCACAUCUCCCUAUAUGCAGGGAUCUCUCACCCUUUUUUUUCAUGGAGGAGAAAGACAAAGAGAAACAAAGGGAGUUAGAGAAGGAGAAGGAAAGAAAGAGGUAGGAAUUUUUAACAGGACUUUAUGGUUUUGUGAACCUCUUGCUCUGGCCUCUCAAUUAGCCAGGAUUACAGGCAUGUGCUACUGUACCCAGCAUGUUCAGGUUGGCCCAGAAACCUAACCUAGACCUCCCAUGCAGCCUCCAGACUCCCAAGUGAUGGCACUGUAUGUGUGUCACCACAGACAUGCUGCUUGCAGAAAGUCAGAGGUCAUUUGGGUUUUCUGGUAACACCAAAAAGGUAGAGAGGAGUAUGAAGAUUCUGCAAGCUGAGAAUUCUGGUGGCACUAUUAGCCUGGUAAAAUUAUAAGAUUCUUAAGAGGGACUGGCAGGUGGCAUGGUGGUUAAGGUGCUGGAC